AGAUUCGUUGAAACUGAAAGAAAUCUUUUUUUGUUCUGGGAAAAAACAAAAAGUUGAAAAUAAAGGCGCAAAUACCACGAAGCAUCGAUUUGAUGUCGAGUUGCGGCUGAGCAGACGAAAGCCGCCACUAUGAAACUGCGAAUUUUUCCGCGGUCCCGCCCCGGGCGGCUGAACUUCGCCAUUUUCCAGUGGAUCACCUACAUGCAACCAUGGUUGAUCACGCAAACGCAUGCGUGCAUCCCCUGGUGCAGCCUGAACCAGGUGCACAAGUUCUGGAUGGAUACCAUGUGGAUGAAGUCACUGCUCAUGGACAGCCCGGUAUUUUGAAUCGUGUUAUUUCUUUCAACGUUAGCUUCUACAUAACCUUCUCCUUCGGUCUACUCGCAUUCUUUGUACGUACUCACAGUAAACAUCGAUAAACUAUGUGAACCUGUUGUAGAAGUGACAAAAUACAGUAAAGUCACACUUGAUCUCAAAUCCAUCUCGAUUAUUAUCCCAGUUAUUUUUAUAAGCUGCGGGGGGCGGGGGUCCCCGGGGGUCUGCGGGGGUCUGCGGGGCUCGAUUCAUUCUAAAGGAGAAAAAAACAAAAGAUNUUCUGCAAAAAAGUUCUCGAAUGCAAAACGCGAAUCAAAAAGGACCCCCGCAGACCCCCGCGCUGCGGAAACUGCCCCCCUUAUAAAAAAGGCUGUUAUCCAUCGUGCGACAGAGCCUGAAGGGUGGUUCUGGUUCGUUUCGGAUGGUGGAGAGUUUACAGCGGGACGCAUUGAAGGCGAUGAUCAACGGGUUUAUCGAGCGAAGCAUCGACCCCUACGACCCCGGCGACGGUUUUGCCACCAUGUUCGUGUACGACAUCAAGAACGACUACUCGAGUUACGACUGCUUUCUGAUGGUGAACUGGGGCGAGAAGCGGAGCGGCCUCCGGAUCGGUGACCUGCGCGCCAACGAGCUGGGCACCCACGGCUCGCUCGCCCGCGUGUGGAACUACCCCCCCGGCGAGGAAAACUGUCUCACCUGGGUCACGGACCUGAGCACCUUCAACACCGUGCAGGCCGCCGUGACCGCCGCAAACAAUGUGCGAAACGACAACUGGGCCUUCUUUCGCAAAGUAGCCAGUUACACGAAAGCCGCAAUCGGAUCCGCUGCAGUCUUGACCAUGUCAUCCAUCCCACUCGAGUAUGUGUCUGUCCUUCUUCCUUUUUGCUCUGCAUGCUACUUGUUUUCAGCGAAACAUACUAAAUUCGGUACAAACAAAAUCCCAGUAGACAAUCUUCGAUGCUCCAAAAUUGAAUAAUCCCAGACGCGGUGUGAACUUACCGAGCUACGUGAAACUGGAGGUGGUGGACACGCGACUGAUUCAGACCACCUUCAGCGGCAACGGACCUAGUGGAGCCUACCGCAUGAUGGACAACCUUCCGGAGGACGAGCGAAUUCUCAUUUUGGAAGACAUCGAGAAGCAAGAGCUCUGGGACGUAUAGAAACUGUUUUCCGAAUUAGUACAAAAAUACUUACAAACACACGUGAUGAUUGCUUGUUGUCAACUCGAAACAGACCACUUAGGGUACUACUGAAGUCAAGAUUAACUUUUCGUUGGAGCUCCAUACAAAGCAAAAAACAAUUACAAACAGAACGUCUGCUUUGGCGUGAUGUUCUCGGUUCUCACGGCGCUGAUCGUGACGAUCUGCCUGUUGGUGUUGUGCAACGUGCUGCUCGUGGAAACAGUGUCGGGGAAACGAAAGCGCUACGACUACAUCGACGAUGAGUAUGUCUGAACCGGAUAUUCAUUGGACGUCUUUUCUUCUCUUUGGAAGAGGAGGUUGUUGGAUUUUCACAAUUUUUUACGCAUAUUAAUUUCCAUUUCAGUUUCUUUUUCAAAAUUUUCAUCACUGUUACUAGAGUUUUUGGAUUUGUAUACCAUUUUUUGUGCAACAUGGCAAUGGCAUAAAUUAAUUGUACAAAGCUUGAAUGUUUCGGAUUGCGUUUCUUGUGACUAACUAACUCAUUUACAUUUUUCAGUUUCCAUGAAUAAACAGUAUCUAUGAAUACCGAUGAUAGCAUCAAAGAUUACAAAUACAGAUGGUAGUGGUAGGUCCUUCAGUUUUGGCUGCUUCCAGUGUAUGACGAACAAACAUUUUGCUAUUGCAACAGCAUGUGGCACGUCCAAAUUGUACAGUAGCAGCACGCUGCCAAAUAAAACGACUUCAUAAUUCGUCGAUCAGAUGUUGCAAU